CCCUAACAGCGUACGACCAGAAGCAAAAACAACAUCGAGCAAGGCGGACGUGUGUGUCGCAUUUUGUUAAUAAAUUUUUAGAAUUUCUGUACAAGAGAGCUAAACGCAGCUACCAACAAACGCUGUCACAACUAAUUCAAAAUAAAUUUGAUAAUAAUAAUAAAUACGAAAAUAAUUCAUUAAUUGUGUUAAAUAUAAUAAAAAUCGUGCAGAGUUGCCUUGCUCGUAGUAUUAAAAAUAAAGUAAAAAGAGGAAAAUUAACCGAUAUAAGUGUUGAGUAAUAUACGUAAAAAAGGAAAAAAAAAAAAAAAAAAAAACAGGAAAAUUUACGAAAAAUCACAAAAAUAAAAAAACAGCUAAGAAAAUAAGCAAUAAAUUAUGCAACAUUAUUAACCAAUUCAAGAAGCAACAUUAACAACAUUUUAUGAAAAUCGCGCGCGUUUCAACAGCCGCAACGAUAACAACAACAGCAACAACAACAACAACAACAACCAAACAGCUGUCAACAAAAUAAAAGAAUAUUCGUCUGUGAAUUUUUUAUCAACAAGAAAGCAAAACGAAGCGCGAAGCGACUUUUUUUCGGUGAUUGUGUACGUGUGUGUGCGUGUGUAGUUGUUGUGCCGUAGCUGUUGUUGUGUUGUGCCUGUCAAUUUUUGACAUCUCCGCGUGCAAGUGUGUACGUCUAUACGUGUAUAGGUGUAUAGGUGCGUGCGUGUGUGUGCCUCUCGCCUCUGUCAGUCGCCUCAGUCUGUCUAUGUGUGUGCGUUAGUUAGUCAGUUGUGCCUAUGCGCGUGUGUGUGCGAGUGUCUCGCUUCAUUUUGCCUUUGGUGUCAGUUGAAGAGAAAGAAAACGAAUAGCUCGUCGCAGCUGAGCAGAACGGAGCGGAGUAAACGGAAUAAAGUGUGCUUCAAGUCAAGUUCUAUGUGUUUGCCGGCAUUUUAAUGACGUCACGUCAAGCAGCGCAGUAACAGCCAUCAAGCAAAAGCAACAACAACUGCAAAGUCAGCAAAACCAGAAAGCAAGAAAAAUAAUAUCAAGUAAAAAGCCCGAAAUAAAAAUAAAAAAAAAAACGCGUUUCUUCUGCUGUCGCUCGCUCUCUACUGCCUCCCCCCGCACUAUCGCUGACCCGCUCUAAACCACACUCAGCUGCUCCGUGCGCGUGUGACUGUGUGUAAGUGUGUGCAAAAGUUACAAAUUCUAACAGCAAAUCAAACGAAAUUCGCAACAACAACAGCAACAACAGCGGAGAGAAUCGAAUCAAAUUGAAGCGCAACGCAUCGCUCGCAUCGCAUCGCAUCGCAUCAUCAGCUGCUUCUCAAGAUAAUGUAAAAUCAGCGUAUGCUCAAUAAAGAAAAGCUUAAAUACACACAAAAAUAAGAACAACAAAUUAAAUAUUAAAACAAAAACUGCUAAACUUACAAACAAUAUUCAAGUUAAAGCGUAUUUAUAUAUAAACGUUUGUUCGAAUCAAAAUUAAACUACAUAUAUACAACUCUUAGCCACGAUAGGCUUCAAGUACCCCAAGCUAUUAGCUAUUCCCAAGCUUUGUAAACAAUUAAAAAAAAAAAGAAAACAAUAUACAAAACAAGAACUCAUGCAAAGCGCUAAACAUCUAUGCUAAAUAUAUAUAUGUAUACCUUAUAUAUAUAGGUGCUGAUCUGUGCUAAGAGCUGUUUAUCAUAAAAGAAACAAAAAGUAACCCGAAACAAAACUUGUUGAAGCCAACGUCAUAAAGUAAAACGCGCAACAUUUCUAGUCGCCAGCUAAGCUAUCUAUAAAGUCCCCCAGCUAAAACAAAACUAUAGCUAUAAAUAUAUAUAUAUAUUCAUAUAUACAUAUACAAAAUACUGAAGAAUUGCUGCUGCGAUGGCCAACGUUGUUAAUAUGAACAGCCUGCUGAAUGGCAAGGACUCGCGCUGGCUGCAGCUGGAGGUCUGCCGCGAAUUUCAGCGCAACAAAUGUUCGCGCCAGGACACCGAAUGCAAGUUCGCCCAUCCGCCGGCCAAUGUUGAGGUGCAGAACGGCAAGGUUACCGCUUGCUAUGACAGUAUCAAGGGUCGUUGUAAUCGUGACAAACCGCCGUGCAAAUACUUUCAUCCACCACAGCAUCUGAAGGAUCAGCUGUUGAUAAACGGACGCAAUCAUCUGGCACUCAAGAAUGCACUAAUGCAACAAAUGGGCAUGGCGCCCGGCCAGCAGGUCAUAUCGGGCCAAGUGCCAGCCGUGGCCGCAAAUCCCUACUUGACUGGCAUACCAGCCAAUACAUACAGUCCUUACUAUGCAACCGGACACUUAGUGCCUACUUUGCUGGGACCCGAUCCGACGGCCGUCGCCUCACAGCUGGGCCCGGUGGUGCCACAGACCGUGCAAGUGGCCCAACAGAAAAUUCCACGCUCCGACAGAUUAGAGGUCUGUCGCGAAUUCUUGCGCGGCGCCUGCAAACGGGCCGAGUCGGAAUGCCGGUUCGCGCAUCCGCAGGAGAGCGUCGCGCGGCACGACGAUGGUUCCAUAACGGUUUGCAUGGACGCCGUGAAGGGCAGAUGCGCACGUGACCCCUGCCGCUACUUUCAUCCCCCCCUGCACCUACAGGCACAAUUAAAAGCGGCCCAAACACGCGCCACCGCUGUCGCUGCUGCAGCUGCGAGCUCACCUCUUACGGCACACCAACAACUAAAUCAGCAUCAGCAGCAACUGCAGAACCACCUCCACAACAGCAACAAUAGCAACAGCAACAACAACAACAGCAACAACACCAUCCACACGGCCGGCGGCAUCACUGCUGGCGCAACAACAACAACACCAACAGCAACAACAACAACAAACAACGCUGCCGCUGCCGCUGCUGCUGCCGCCGCCGCCGCUGCCGCCGCUGUUAUGGGUCAUCACACACUGGAAGUGGGCAAGAAGCGGUCAGCGGAUCCUGAAAUGUUUCCACUGAUGGAUGUUAAAACGGUUGGUUCAUUUUACUAUGAAAACUUCCAAUUCUCUGGCAUGGUACCGUUUAAACGUCCAGCUGCCGAAAAGUCUGGCAUUCCAGUGUAUCAACCCGGUGCGACAACCUAUCAACAAUUAAUGCAGCCCUACGUGCCAGUGUCAUCCGCUGCGCCAGUAACAAACAUUUUUAAAUGCGCUUCAAAUACACAAUUUUUGCUGCCGCCUGCUGUUUUUUUUAUUGUUUCCUUAUUAUUAUUUUAAAAUUAUAUAUUAUAAUUUCAUCUCUCUUGUUUCAGUUGCAGCCCCCUUAAUGCUUUAGCGCGCGCUUGAUUACAUUGAUUUUACAUUUUAUAUUUUUGAUAAAAUUUUACUUUUAUUUUACAGCUUCUGCUUAAUACUUAGACUAACUAACUCGCUUAAGCCUCACAAACUUUGACAAAAAUAUAAUUAUGCUUAAAUUAAAUUUUUACUAAUUUAUUCUAGUUUUAAGUGCGUUUCGCCAUUUUGCAUAUGCGUUGCAGCAGCAUUUUUUAUAUACAUAUUUUUUUUUCCCUCGGUGUUUGGCAAAACUUUUAAAUGUAGCAACAAGUCAAGAGAAGUUUAAUGGCAGGAAAAAAGAAAGUUGCACAUGAAAGGCUUGGCAUUAAUUUACAUUUAUUAACUCGGGUUUUUGUGUGCCUGUUGAAUUUGCAUAAAAUGAAAAUUCACAAGUAAUUAAGGCGCAGCUGAGUGUUAAAUUGGAUAUAAGCUGGUUGCAGCUGGGUCCAGUUUAGAAACGGAUUGGAUGUAUAUGUAUAUAUGAUGUAAUCAUCAGUGGAAUGUAUAGGGAUUAUUUAUAUGAAAUAUAUGCCGAUCAUAUAUAUGUAGUUAUUUCAAAUGAAACUCAUUUCAAUUAAAUUUAUUAUUUUCUAUUCAGUUUAACUCAUAUUUCGAUUGGAAUGUUCAAUAAAAUAUGCGCCAUAAUUAUCAACUAAUUGCCACAACACGAAAAAUUCUGCUGAACCGCAAAUGCAGCUUAAGCUUAAUUUAAGCCUCUGCCCAAUGAAUAUUGAAAGCAAACCAAUUGCAAAUUUAAUUCGAACUCUCGACUCUAUGAUUAUUGCAUAUGUGCUCUCAUAAUUUCUUUUUUCUACUAAUUUCAUAUAUAUACAUUUUUUUUCCUUUUACAUGCUAACACAUACGCGUUCAAUUAUAUAACAACCAACAAAAAAAAAAACUUACUCAACAAUUUGCAUGCAAUCAAUUUAAAUAUAUAUUUUGAACGACUCGCACGGAUUGGAAUUUCAAAUGGCAAAAUGCAACCAAAUAACGAAACCAACCAAAUGUACUCGCAUAUUCACACACACGAAAACACCAACACACACUCACACACCUGCCAAAUGCUGAAUGGAUGCCGAACUGCAAAAACAACAAACAAACAAACCAACCGAACAAUAAACAAUCACAUUCUUCUACGCUUCAUUCUCUGGCUCUGGCUCUAAUCACCUCACACAUAAAUAUAUACAUAUAUACAUAUAUCUAUUAUUUUUUCUCUCUCUCUCUCUCUAAUUGAAACACCAACAAAUGCAAACUGCAUGUUUUGCCGGCUUUGUGAC